GGAGGGGUGUGCCGACUUCAAACAUCAAGAUGGGCGGGGCGUACAGCAAGAUAUCCGAACAGGAUCUUGACUUGUAUCAAAAGUGUACCUUCUUCACGCGCAACGAGAUCAUUGCAGUACACAAGCUUUGGAUCGAACUCAAUGCCAAGGCUGGCAACAACAAGGCAGAGUCCCUUUCGCACACCGCGAUUUGCGAGUGGGAGGGGCUGCAUGCCAAUCCGUUCCGAAAGCGCAUCUGUCAGGUCUUUUCCAAAGACAUGGACGCGACGGAGAUGGGAUUCGUCGACUUUUUGGACAUGUUGUCCGUCUUCUCUGAAGCUGCGCCGCGCGAAGUGAAGGCUGAGUAUGCCUUUCGGAUCUACGACUACGACAACGACCUCUUCCUCGGUCAGCGUGAUUUGAAGCACGUUUUACAAAAGUUGACAGCCUAUGAUCAAGCCAAGACCGUGGGGGCCAAGAACAAUGCCUGGACUAAGGUUGAUGUCGACGACAUUGUACGCAACGUGAUUGAGGAGGCUGACGUCGACGGAGAUCAGCGCAUCUCGCUCAUUGAGUUUCAACACGUCAUUUCUCGCUCACCCGACUUUGUACGCACCUUUCAAAUUCGCUUCCGCUAAAGCUUCCCUUCCCCGGGACAUAAUAUGUGUUAUAU